GUCUCGGCUCAGGGCGCCUCAAGGAGACUUGGGGACGCCCGAACCACUCCUUUUGAGUGCCCGGGUGCAGCUGCCAGCGGGUGAGUCUGCUGCGCUCCAUGAGGAAGAUGCUCGCCGCUGUGUCCCGCGUGUUGGCAGGCGCUGCGCAGAAGCCGGCAAGCAGAGUGCUAGUAGCUUCCCGUAAUUUUGCAAAUGAUGCUACAUUUGAGAUUAAGAAAUGUGACCUUCAUCGGCUAGAAGAGGGCCCUCCAGUCACCACAGUGCUCACCAGAGAGGAUGGGCUCAAGUACUACAGGAUGAUGCAGACUGUGCGGCGAAUGGAGCUAAAGGCAGAUCAGCUAUAUAAACAGAAAAUUAUCCGUGGUUUCUGUCACUUGUGUGAUGGUCAGGAAGCCUGCUGUGUGGGCCUAGAGGCUGGCAUAAACCCCACGGACCAUCUCAUCACAGCCUAUCGAGCUCAUGGCUUCACCUUCACUCGGGGCCUGCCUGUCCGAGCAAUUCUUGCAGAGCUAACAGGACGAAGAGGAGGUUGUGCUAAAGGGAAAGGCGGAUCGAUGCACAUGUACGCCAAGAACUUCUAUGGGGGCAAUGGCAUCGUUGGAGCUCAGGUGCCCCUAGGAGCAGGGAUUGCUCUGGCCUGCAAAUACAAUGGAAAAGAUGAGGUCUGUUUGACAUUAUAUGGCGAUGGCGCUGCUAAUCAGGGUCAAAUAUUUGAAGCUUACAAUAUGGCAGCAUUGUGGAAACUACCUUGUAUUUUCAUCUGUGAGAAUAACCGCUAUGGCAUGGGGACAUCUGUCGAGAGAGCAGCGGCCAGCACAGAUUACUACAAAAGAGGAGAUUUUAUUCCUGGACUGAGGGUAGAUGGAAUGGAUAUCUUGUGUGUCCGAGAGGCAACAAAGUUUGCAGCUGCAUAUUGUAGGUCUGGUAAGGGGCCCAUCCUGAUGGAGCUACAGACUUACCGUUACCAUGGACAUAGUAUGAGUGACCCUGGAGUCAGUUACCGCACUCGAGAAGAAAUCCAGGAAGUAAGAAGUAAGAGCGACCCUAUUAUGCUUCUCAAGGAUAGAAUGGUGAACAGCAAUCUUGCAAGUGUUGAAGAAUUAAAGGAGAUUGAUGUGGAAGUGAGGAAAGAAAUCGAAGAUGCUGCCCAGUUUGCUACAGCUGAUCCAGAGCCACCCUUGGAGGAACUAGGCUAUCACAUCUACAGUAGUGAUCCUCCCUUUGAAGUGCGUGGUGCCAACCAAUGGAUCAAGUUUAAGUCAGUCAGUUAAUGGGAAACUGAAAUGAAUGAGGGUUCAUCAUCCACUGUAAGAACUCUUUGUGCUUUCAACUUUAAGGACAGGAAAUACCCAAAGUCUUGAAGACAUGUAAAUUAAGGAAGAGUAAGUUGCAUGCAGUUUCUAUGUUGUAUGCAGUGUAUCCAUGUGAAUAAGAGUGUAAUGAAUUUGUAUAGGAUUUGAAAUGGAUAGUGGAGUGUUUAUACCUUUUCCUCAUCAUAUCCUACCACAGAUAUGUCGAGGUGGCAUGCUGGAAUUAGUACACUGCACAGGUAGAAGAGUAGCAGCCACCCUGCAUUGUGGAGGCUGUCAUCUGUUAGCACUGACCAUGUCUCUGUGAUCAAAGGCUAUUAUAUAAUCAGGCAUUUCAAAGAUAAAAUAAUUUAAUUUUCAUUUAACAAACAUGAACUUGUACUCCCAUUGCAAGGCACACUGUUUUUUACCUUUCACAUUUAAGAAUUAUGCUUUAUCUUUCCAGCAGUUACUAUAAGGUAUGCUGACUUUUUAAAUUAAGUACAGUCCUAAGAAUUCAAUAUACUAGAUCAUGUUUGAUGUUACAUACAAUCCUGUUUAUGAACAAGGAUGGUCUAAAAUUAUACAUGCUGGAAUUUCUAUGUAAACGCAGGAUUUGUGUGUACACGAACAGAAGCUUUGACCAUAAGCAGGUGUUAGGGUAUUUGCUUAUUCUUUCGAGCUUGGCUCAGUGUGAGGACUCCUGCAUUUGUCUUCUGUGCUGGGAGACUGCAUGCCAGAGCCUACAGAGGACACCACCGCUGCAAAAUAGGAGUUUUCAUAAGAAAAGCAAAUUUGAAAACAGCCACCUCACAAAUAGGGGAAUCAAGCAUUCAAUCUACAGGAUUACAUUUGCCAGAUAAAUACUCUUUCAAAAUAUAAUCUAACUUAUUAAAGUGUUUUCUUUGUCUGAACCUGGUGCCAUAGGAAUGUUGGUGGCUCUGUGUAGAGGUGUGGGCAUUUAAACAAGAGUGGAAGAUAAUUUAAGAUCAGAGGAAGCUACCACCAUUUUGUUUUUCUACUUCACUAAGACCUUCCAAGACUCAAACUAUUUGGAAGCUCUUACCGUAAUCUAAGGCACCUUAGGUCUUCCUUAGUAAUGUCAUUGAGAAUAUCAGAAAGUGUAUAAUCUUCUUCAACAAUCUGAAACAAUGAUUCAGUUUAUGAGAUAAGCAGCUUUUCAACAACAUCAUAGGAAUAUUUGAUUUAGAAAUUUACCUUUUCUAUUGUAUUUGCAUCCACUCCUUGUAGUUGCAACCAGUCUAUAAGCUCUCUGUCUGUUCCCAGUUCAUCAGGGGGUGCUGGAUUCUCUGUACCACCUAUAAUGAUUCCAAUUUUGUUUUAUUGUAUAGUAAUGUAUAACCAUAAACUACUUCGAAAGUAACAAAGUGGAUGUAAUGACAUAUCCAAACAGAAUGUAAAUGUGAUGUGAAAAGGAAAUAAACUUUUCUGACUCA